AUGCUCCAGCAGGACAUGGAGGUCGAGGCCGAGGGCUCCUCUUGCUCCACGUCCGGCGCGAGCAAGACACUGGCGGCCGCCCGAACCAGCACCAGCCACCUGAUCCAAGUCUCCCUCCGCCUCACAGAGCCCCCAGGGCUUUCGUGCGUCUGCCUUCAGAUUCCUGACGGCCUUGAUGCGAAGUAUUCUAGGGUCGUCGCGGCGCAUGGCGACUCCGUGCUCAUCGAGGUUCCACAUGGCCACACGAUAGACCACUUCGUGUACAGCGCAGGCGCCGCCGCCGCUGACCCCCCACGGCCGCCGUCGAUGUCUUUGCUCCCGCCUUUCCGUCAAGGUCGUCCCACCGGCCUCGUGCGCCGUGGCGUGGACCUGGUCGUGGUAGCGCAGCUCGCGAGUGUGUCGGCGGGACCGGACACGCCAGAGCUGAUGAGGGAGUCCGACCUCUGCCUGUUCCGUUCUGGUGACUGGUGA